CCUUCCAACAUGACAGAUGCCGCUGUGUCCUUUGCCAAGGACUUCCUGGCAGGUGGAGUGGCUGCGGCCAUCUCCAAGACCGCGGUAGCGCCCAUCGAGAGGGUCAAGCUGCUGCUGCAGGUGCAGCAUGCCAGCAAGCAAAUCACUGCCGAUAAGCAAUACAAGGUCAUUAUAGACUGCGUGGUUCGUAUCCCCAAGGAGCAGGGAGUCCUGUCCUUCUGGCGUGGUAACCUGGCCAACGUAAUCAGAUACUUCCCCACCCAGGCUCUCAACUUUGCCUUCAAAGAUAAAUACAAGCAGAUCUUUCUGGGUGGCGUGGACAGGAGGACCCAGUUUUGGCGCUACUUUGCAGGAAAUCUGGCGUCAGGUGGUGCUGCUGGAGCCACAUUCUUGUGUUUCGUGUACCCUCUUGAUUUUGCCCGUACCCGUCUAGCAGCUGACGUGGGCAAAGCUGGAGCUGAAUGGGAAUUCAGAGGCCUCGGUGACUGCCUGGUUAAGAUCUACAAAUCUGAUGGGAUUAGAGGCCUGUACCAAGGCUUUAAUGUGUCUGUACAGGGCAUUAUCAUCUACCGAGCUGCCUACUUCGGUAUCUAUGACACCGCAAAAGGAAUGCUUCCAGAUCCCAAGAACACGCACAUCUUCAUCAGCUGGAUGAUCACGCAGUCUGUCACUGCUGUUGCUGGGUUGACUUCCUAUCCAUUUGACACUGUUCGUCGGCGCAUGAUGAUGCAGUCGGGGCAUAAAGGAACUGAUAUCAUGUACACAGGCACACUUGACUGCUGGAGGAAGAUCGCUCGUGAUGAAGGAGGCAAAGUGUUUUUCAAGGGUGCAUGGUCCAACGUCCUCAGAGGCAUGGGUGGUGCUUUUGUGCUUGUCUUGUAUGAUGAAAUCAAGAAGUUCACAUAAGUUAUUCCCUAGGUUUGUUCCCCUGUAAAC